CCGACCCCUCGGCAGGCUGUGGUUUUGGCCCCACCACAUGCUCUCCCCUCGAGUGGGACUCUGGGUGGGAUGGUGUGUCCCAGGGGCUUGACCUUCAUGGGACACCUCACUGCAAAACGGAUCACCCCUACAGUAACAGAAGCAGGAAAAGGCCAUUUAGCCCAUCAAGCUGCUUCCCCCGUCAAUAAAACCACGGCUGAUCUUUCACUCUGGUCCCUGCUUCCUGCAUUGAGCCUGUAUCCAUUGACACCCUUAACAUCCAAACAUCAGUUCAUCCCCUGGAAUCUCCACUGCAACUCGAGCCUCUGGGGGAGAGAAUUCCAAGCGUUAAGCAUCCUCUGGGUGAAGAAAUUCCUUCUCACCAGAACCACCGCCACCCCCUCGUUCCGACUCCAUAAGCCCUGGGCUACCGAUCUACCUGCCUCCACCCCUGCACAAUUUCCGCUGGUUGUUCCGUGCUGCUGGAUGUUUGGGCUUAGGACCCUCCUGGGCCUUGGCGUGUUGGUGUCGACGCGGUCGGCUGCCCGUGGUGCGGUGCAGGGACUGGACUUCCUCUGCCCCAGACCCCAGUGGCCAGCGAUGUCGGGACAGGGCAGCCCCAGCCGUUCUGCCGCCAGCGGGAAACCUCUGAAGUACCUGGGUCAGGAGGAGGCCCAGAACAUCGACCAGGAGCUGUUCACCGACUACCGGUUCAGUGUGGACCAGCUGAUGGAGUUGGCUGGUCUGAGCUGUGCCACUGCCAUCGCCAAGGCGUACCCCCUGUCGUCGCUUCGGAAAGAGAAACCCACCGUGCUGGUCGUGUGUGGUCCCGGCAACAACGGCGGAGAUGGACUCGUGUGCGCGAGGCACCUCAAGCUCUUUGGCUACGAGCCAGCAAUCUUCUACCCGAAACAGCCGAGCAAGCCCCUGUUCCAGUCACUCACCACCCAGUGCCAGAAGAUGGACAUCCCCUUCCUGAAGGAGUUCCCGUCUGAGCCCCUCUUCAUUGAUGAGGUCUACAACCUGGUGGUGGACGCCAUCUUCGGGUUCAGCUUUAAAGGGGAGGCCCGGGAGCCAUUUGCCUCCAUCCUGACCACGCUGGAGGCAGUGACCGCCCCCAUCGCCAGCGUGGACAUCCCAUCUGGUUGGGACGUGGAGAAGGGCAACCCUCAGGGGAUCCAGCCCGACCUGCUCAUCUCCCUCACCGCCCCCAAGGCGGCGGCCAUCCACUUCAAUGGUCGCUACCACUUCCUGGGCGGCCGCUUCGUGCCGCCGGCGCUGGAGAGGAAGUACGGCCUGAACCUCCCGGAGUACCCCGGCACCGAGUGUGUCCGCCAGCUGCUGUGAUACCUGCAGGGGUGGCGUUCCCGCUGGUGGGGUGGGGGGGGCCGUGUUCCUGUGAACGGCUGGGAUGGAUGACCUUCCUCGUGCUCUCUCUCCGUCGCUGCGGCUGCCACCGGGUGUUUCAGUGACGGUGGGGGGGGGGUAUAUUGUCUGAGUCUUGGAGCCCGGCAGAACUGAAGGGCCUUCGGCCCACUGCACCCCUGCCAGCUCUCUGACCGCACAACGUCCCACACUUUCCCCACAGCCGCUCCUCUUUCCAGCACGCACUGGUCCCACAGCACAGCAACUCGCUGCAGAAUCGUCCCCCCCACCCUCCCUCCGCCUCUGCUACCGACUUCCUGCUGCUAGAAGCGGUUUCCCUGAGUUUUGGACUGAAGUUUUCUUCUCUGUGGGAGUUUGGAGACUUUUUUUUUGCUGCUUCCUCAUUGCGGGAAUUGCCUUGGGCUCUCGGGUCCUGUCGGGGGUGUCACACCCCACCAGCUGGGACCCUGUCCGAUUUGAAUGGUGUGACCAUCCCAAGGAACUGACGCGAAUUCUUCUGGCUGUCCCCAGUGAGAGGUUUGUGUUCGCUCGGGCUGAGGGGUAACACAUCUCUUUGAAGAGCUGCCUUCAGUAAGUACAGUCCCGAGAUCACAGGGACGCUGUUAAAGUGCCAGGGUCAAUCGGGAAUGCCUCUCUCGCACAGACAGGGGCUGGACUUCCAGCUGCACAAUAAAAGGCACAAGUAAAACUG